CACAAAUGAAAGGUAAAGGGACCCCCUCCACAUUAUUAUGGCAUGAUGACAAAGGAUACACACUCUAACUCACCCACCCUCUCAUUACUUCGACCCAAACCAUCAAGGAAGAGAGGAUAACCUCUGCAAUUCAUCAUCCUCCAUUGUUGAUGCAAGCUCAAACCAAGUGAGAUCCAAGGAAGAAGAAAAAUGAGAAAAGAAGAGAAAAACUUGGAAAAAUCAAGUACUGAUCCCUCGGGGGAACCACCCUUUCAGUUUGAAGCUAGAGCUUACUUCCUGCACCCGUUGUUCGGGAGAUCGAUGGAGAGAAGACGUGGUUGAAGCUAGAGCUUACUUCCUGCACCCGUUGUUCGAGAGAUCGAUGGAGAGAAGACGUGACACGGUCUGGGGCGUGACAAGUCGGGUGUCUGUUUGCUAUCCUCAGGAGAAUGGUCAAGUGGAGAACACCAAUCGCACGAUUGUAGAUGGCCUCCAAAAUAAAUUAGAUGCUCUUGGGACAGUGUGGGUUGAAGAGCUAAGUAACGUGUUGUGGACAUUCCGGACCACCCCCGGGAAGGCGACAGGCGAAACUCCUUUCGCCCUGUGCUAUGGCUUUGAGGCAAGGGCCCCCUUCGAGGCGGUGAUUCCUAGUCACCGGGUAGAGGAGUUCGAGCCAAACAUCAAUGAGGAGAGGCUCAGAGCCGAACUCCACCUCAUAGAAGAAAGAAGAGAUUGGGCAUUCAUCACGGCUGAGAAUUACCGUAGGCAAGUGAAGGCGUACCAAGAUAGCAAGGCCGUGCUACGAAGCUUUGACGUAGGAGAUUACAUGCUAAGGCGGAGGAAGGCAAGCAAACCAACGGAAGGGGGGAACUCUCCAUCAAGUGGGAAAACUCAUUGAACGUGCAUGGAACGCGGAGCAUUUACUUAUGUUUUAUCAUUAGUGAUGUGUAAUAAUUAAUCUUUCCAUCGCUUUAAUACAAUUGCUUUAAUAAAAGUUCGUUUUUUG